AUGGGCAAAAAGAAGAACAAGAAUAAGGUCAGCGGUGCUGUGAAAACCGCAGCUAAAACUGAGAAGAAGCUUGCUAAUAGGUUGAAGAAGGAAUUGGCUAAUUUAGGAGAGGAAGAUAUUGCUAAAGUAAUAGCAGAGAUUGAACGCGAGGAAGCAAAGAGGUCCGCAGCUACGGAGAAGGCUCUGCCAGGUCCUCCGUCACCGAGGGCUUAUGCCACACUCACACCACAUCCUACUAGUAAUGAACUCAUCUUGUUCGGAGGUGAAUAUCAUAAUGGACAAAAGACUGAGGUGUACAAUGAGCUGCUGUUCUACAACCCCACAAACAACUCGUGGAAGAUGCUGAAGGCCCCCGGAGCUCCCCCACCUAGAUCAGCGCAUCAGGCCAUCGCUACUCCUGCUAAUAAGGGUGAACUGUGGGUGUUUGGUGGGGAGUUCACGAGUCCUUCAGAAACACAGUUCCAUCAUUACAAGGACCUCUGGUGUUUCUCACUGGCUGAGAAGAAAUGGGAGAAGGUGGUCGCACCAAACGGACCGAGUUCUCGUUCAGGUCACCGCAUGGUGCUCCUCGGCCGUAACAUCAUCGUGUUCGGUGGGUACGCGGACGACGGCCGCGAGUGUCGGUACUUUGACGAUGUGUACUCGUUCUCCCUCGACACCAGGACCUGGAGUAAAUUGACUCCUAGUGGCAGAGGACCUACUGCUAGGUCUGCUUGUGUCAUGUUGCCUGCUGGGAGUGAUUCGCUGCUAAUCUACGGCGGUUUCUCCCGUGUCCGCGAGGGUCGUUCAGAGCGUACUCAGACUCACACGGACCUGUUCCGUCUGUCGCACAGAGAGGGCGGCGGGUGGGCGUGGCGGGGCCUGGCCGCGGGGGGCCCCGCCGCGCCGCCCGCGCGGGCCGGACAGGCCGCCGCCGUCAACCCACACAGCAACAGGGGAUAUGUGUUUGGAGGAAUCAGUGAUGUAGAAGAAACAGAGGAAGAGCUCCGUGGCGAGAUGAGUGAUGACCUGCAACUGCUGGACGUGGAGACUGGCAAGUGGCACAUUGUUACAUUACGGUCGGAACAACUCGGGGCCAAGCCAGUUGUCAAGGAGGAGGAACCGGCGCAAAAGGAAGAGGAGACUGUUACAGUGGUAACCGACGAAGUGUUCACAAUGAAGUUGGGUGGUGCCGCGGUACCUGUGACCGGGCCCCUGGCGGCGGCCUCAGUGGGCCCCAAGUCCGGCCCUGGCCCCCGCAUGUCCGCCAUGAUGGCGGUGCAACGCGCCACGCUAUACGUUUACGGAGGAGUACUAGAAAAAGAUGACAAACAGUUCUAUCUGUCUGAUAUGUAUAGUUUAGAUUUACAUAAACUAAAUGAAUGGAAGACGUUAAUAGAACAGCCUUCACUACCUGACUGGCUCGGAUCAGACUCCGAAGAUGAAGAGUCCGGCUCAGAUAGCAAUUCCGAAAGCGAUUCUGAUAGUGAUUAA